CUUCAACUUCACCUCUCCAGUUAGCUUCAAAUUACAAUCAGCCCUGAGGCUCAUCGAUAUCUCCUUCAAAUAUGUCCCAGAUAGAUGACGAAGCUCGCAUAGUGCUAGCGUCACCAAUUUCCGGUACAACGCUUCUGGUUCUUGUUCAAUUGACCUCAAAAGUGUUCACGUUUACGGCGAAUCAAGUGAUCUUGAGGGACUUACCACCAGCUAUUCUAGGGGUGGCAACUCAGCUGGAGCUAUACUACAUUACACUACUGUAUUUCUCCCGAGAAAGCAUCAGGUUAGCAAUUCAAAGGAAAUCGCUUGUCGUAGCUGCUCCCUCUGUGGCAAGCGAUGACGGCAAUAACGCAACCGUCAAGGAAUCGGGUAUCACCAGGCAGUCAAUAACCCAGGAACUGGAAUCACAAGUGGUGGUCAACAUGUCCUACUUGAGUUUCGGAAUGGGGCUUAUGUUUGCAGUGGUACUAAGUACCUCUUACAUCCAUCUUGCCUCAGAUGAAGUUUCACGAACACCAUUUCACCACCAAAGUGUCGUCAUUACUACCAUCGCAUCCCUUCUAGAACUUGCAAGUGAGCCAUGCUUCAACGUUUUGCAAAUGCAUACGCUGUACAGGAAACGUGCACUCGUCGAGAUGAGUGCUGCAUUUAUGAAGAGUUUGGUAACUUGUUUCAUAUCUAUGCGGGCUGUCUGCUAUAAUACCAAUGUUGGUGUCAUGGCCUUUGCCCUUGGACAUUUGAGCUACGCCUGUACGCUUCUAUGCGGUUAUGUUAUAGCUACGAGAAAGAUCUCAAGGCAUCUGAAUUUCUCUUUACUACUUACAAGGUUACAGCUGAGCAACCGUCACGGCUACCUCGGUAACAGAUUUCCGUGGUCAAUGGUUUCGCUGGCUGCAAGUGUGUUUCUUCAGUCGAUAGUCAAACACCUACUCACACAAGGGGAUUCCAUGAUUCUGGCAACAUUGACAAGCCUAGAAGAUCAGGGAAUCUAUGCCCUGGCCUCAAACUAUGGUGGCCUUGUAGCUCGCAUUCUUUUUCAGCCAAUUGAAGAAAGCAGUAGGGCGGUUUUCUCGUCAUUGCUUCAUAGCAACAGCCUUGGAAAGAGGCACACUGAGAACAUUUAUCUUGCUAAGAUGCAUCUAGCUGAAAUCAUACGAGCCUACAGUAUGAUAUCUGCAGUAGCCUUCCCGUUGGGUCCAGCCCUGGUUCCUCUAGUGCUCAAUGUGCUAGGUGGGCGCAGGUGGGCUUCUCCUAAGGUGUGUGGCCUAUUAUCUCUCUACUGCCUUUAUAUACCGUUCUUGGCGUUCAAUGGUAUAAGUGAGGCUUUCGUUUCAUCGGCUGCUAGUCCUUCGGAAGUGCGCAAACAGGCAUUAUGGAUGGGCGCAUUUUCAGCUUGUUUUGUUUCUGCUGCCUAUAUAUUCUUGGUGGCCGGUAACUUGGGUGCCCGAGGGGUGGUCUAUGCCAACAUUGUGAAUAUGACAGUUCGUACUAUCUGGAGUAUUGCAUUCAUUAGGUCAUUCCUACACCGUUGCAAAAUAGCGAUGAAACCAUCCGAGAUGCUGCCGCGGCCCCUAACUUUUGUGACUGCCAUCUUAACGUCGACAGUUUUGAUGACAAAAGGAGCCUACGGACUUGAGACAGAGAACAUUUUGGGAACCGUGACAUACAGUGCCAUACACUUCAUUAUUGUGUCAUAUGUUGAAAGGAAAUACUUGGCAGCACAAUACACCAGGGCCAGUAAAAUGAUGACAUUCAAGCAAGGGAAAUACAAAAGAAAUUAGAAUUAUUUUUUUGUCAAUCGUCAAAGACAAUUUUGGUUGCUGCUUUGCUGGAGUCAACGUCUUUGAAAAAUGCACCAUAUGCAUCAUGUUGCUUCUUCUUGACGGUGGAGCCAAACUUGAGAAGAGAUUCUGGCACAUCUUGCUUGGCUGCUUUCAGCACAUUAAUUAACCUACAAAUCGUCAGCAUCGCGCGAA